AUGCGGGUUGCUUUAUUCGUUGUUUUGUUUCUACCUGUGUUAGUUGAAGGUGUUGGACUAGCCAAAGGACUCUAUUGUGGUCUCGAGACUUGCUAUGAAGGUAUGUGGUAAUGAUUUGGUUAUUUUUAUGUUUUAGUGCUUGGAAUUGAAAGAGAGCAGUUCGAUCGGACGUCUUUGUCGAAAACGUAUAGGAACUUGGCUCGAAAGUACCACCCUGACAGGAUAAAGGGAGAUGUAAGUUGCUAUUAUAUUACUAUUACGUUUAAAUUUUUUACAGUUUUAGUAUUUUUUAUAUUAAUAAAAUAGUUUGGGUUGAUGAACAGGGUUAUUUUAGGCACAACAGAAGGAAUUGGCAAUCGAGAAGUUUAGACAGAUUGCUACGGCUUACGAAACGCUGAAAGAUGAGGAAACAAAGAAGUACUACGAUUACUACCUCGACCAUCCUGAAGAACGAUACUACAACUACUACCAGUACUACCGUAUGAAAACGCCAAAAGUCGAUGUCAGAAAUGUAAUCGGUGUCACUGUCGUGUUAAUCUCUUCCAUUCAGGUAGGUUUUAUUAUUUUUAGUGUCACCUGUAUCUUAUUAUAGCUAGCUACAUAUUUUGGUUAGCAUAUAUUAUUAAUUAUGAUGAACUUAUAUUUUGCAGUACAUAAGUGCAAAACAAAAAUACUCUGAAGCUUUAUCAUACGCAAAAGAGCAAGUAAAGUUCCGGAACAUGGCGUUAGACAUGGCCAAAGAGCGGAAGUUGAUCGAAUUUGAUAAAAAUGGAAAGAUAAAGAAGAAGCAGUCUAGUGGAGUAGACCCAGAUCAGAUAUUGGGUUUGAUUAUCGAGGAGAACAUCAGCAUAAGCGGGGGAUACAAAAGAGCAACAGUGAGGAACACAUUGCUGUUUUACAUCCUAAUUUCACCUUAUACAUUAUUCAUUAGUGCGAUUUGGUGGUCGAAAUGGAUCAAAAAGUACUGGAUAAACAAGGAAGAAUACGACAAAGAAGCAAAACUCUACCUGAUCAGGAAAAAUUUGGGUAUUAGUGAAGAUCACUUCAAUGUAAGUCUAACUCUUUAUUCAUUCCUCAUUUUUGGCUAUAACCAUGUGUUAUGCUACUAUUUUUAAGUUUGGCCUUUUUUAUGUAUAUGUAUCAAUUCACAAUAUUUAAAACUAUUUUUCCUUUUAACUAUAUAAUUUUAGGGCCUGGAGGACCACCUUAUUCAUGAUUAUCUUGAAAAAGAAAUAUGGAAGAAAGAAGAGUUUGAUAAAUGGAAAGCUGCGAGGGAAGAAGAAGAAAAGGAAGAGCUGGCUAAAUCUGGAAGGUAUAGACAAUAUCGAAGGUACAUGAAAAAACAGGCAGGUCAAACCAUAUCAUUCUUGGACGAAUAG